AUGUCGAGUAAGCUUGAUGUUAUGGUUACCCAUAACAAAAUGUUAGAAACCAAAAUUUCUCAAGUAGCCCAACAACAAGCAGCAACAGCAUCCCUAGCUAGAGCAUUUCCUGGUCAAACUCAACCAAAUCCAAAAGGUCAUGCUAACGCUAUCACGCUACGAGGUGGAACAAAAUUAGAUGGCCCAGUUAACCCAAGACUUCAAAAUCCAGCCAUGUAUCAGAACUCUGAAGCUAUUACACAAAUGCCCUCAUAUGCUAAGUUACUUAAAGAGAUCUUAUCUAAUAAGAAAAAGAUCGAGGAUAAUGAGACUGUUACACUUACUGCUGAGUGCAACGCUAUAAUCCAAAAUAACAUGCCUCCUAAGCUAAAAGAUCCAGGAGAAGUAAGACCGACGAGAAUGUCUCUUCAACUAGCUGAUUGUUCUAUUAAAUUUCCAGUAGGUAUGCUAGAGAACAUUCCUGUUCGUAUAGGUCAAUUCUAUAUUCCCACCGACUCUAUAAUAAUGGACAUAAAGGAGGAUUCCAACAUCCCUAUCAUUUUAGGAAGACCCUUUUUGGCCACUGCUGAAGCUAUCACAAAUGUGAAGAAAGGAAAGCUAACCUUUGAGGUUGGUGAAGAAAAUUUUGAAUUUAUUCUAUCAUAUUUCUUAAAGGCACCAGUUAUAGAAUAUUCAUUUUGUUUCCGAGACGUUAUCGACGAAUGCAUUAGAGAAAUGGAGAUGGGACGAUCUAAGUAUACUGAAGUACUAAAGAUUCCAGUAACUCCUAUAUCUGAAGAGGAAAAUUAG